AUGCCCAACAACCAGAAACAUGACGCCACAGUGCACUAUCUCGAAGCCCAGGUGCAACUUUUCGCAACCUCGAUCAACGUUCGCGACUUCACCCUACCCUCGCCAGCCUGGAGUCAAAUGGCGCCCGACUUCGUGGCCAGCGUCGGGUAUUUGCAUGAGCAAGUCUUCCUCGACAUACAUGGACUUCUCGCUACGCUGUGCUCCGUAACGAAGGACAACCCGGAAUACUCGGUGAAACUGGUGGACGUGACAACGAUGGUGCACGUUGGCGCAGGAACUGCCCAGAUGUGCGUCAACGAGGAGAUCACAGGCAUACACGAGGGAGUAGCUCAGCAAAGUAUGUCAAUGAUCGAAUGGAAGCGCUUAGAUGGCAAAUGGCAAUGCACUCGCCAUAAAAGCUUGCAGGGAUUUGACGGAAUGGGCUACGCAGGUGCGCAUCCAUUUCUCCGCCAAGUUUCGCGAGCAGCUAAUGCCAUGUUCAGACAUGAUUUCAUGAUUUCAAGGUCUUGGACUCGGAGAGACAUGUAUCUGGUCCAACUAGCCAGAUGCGGACUGCCUUUUUUGCCAUCGGGCCUCAUGGUCUGUAACACGCUUAGCACGUGUUACCACUCGAGCGACAAGGCAGCCAAGCAUAGGAUCAAAGCCAACAUCGGCUUCCAAAGGAUAGGCUCUAUACAAGAUCACCAGGUUUUCGCCCACAGGAUGAGCUCCAGCAGGAAGAGCGUUGCAGAACACUUUGGGGCAGGUCCUUGGAUUUCUUCAGCAUGGAUCUCGGCUGGAUGCACGGAAUUGCAAUGCGGUCCUCUUCAUGAGGAGAUGUUCAAAAGAGCUCCGUCAUUCGCACCAACUUCCUCGUUCUCUCGCAAGCAGGUGUCGAGCUACGAGCAUCAUUCACCCAUCACCCAUCCGGGAGUUCACCAAGCUCUUGUUAACCAAGGCAGGAAAGGGCAAUUAACGCCACAGCUCCCAAUCAUGUGCAAGAGUAGAAGCGGCUUCUUCGAGCGAAACUUUGCUGGAAAAUAG